AUGCCGUCCGAACACUCCCCCCGCAAUGUGCGCUUCUCCAACGGCGAGGAAGACGCACGCGCCGAGCUCAUCAAGUCGCCACGAUCCUCCGCCAUCGCAGUCCUCGAGUCCAGCAAUUCCCUUUCCUCCGCCGAAUCCCCCAACGGUGAUCCUCACGCCGCCGAACGCCACGACGAACUGCCAGCCCUCUCCGUAUACGACCCGGCCCAUGCCGGCUCCAUGACCUCUCUCGUCCAGACGGCACUCACCAACGGAACCAGCAGAAGCAUGCGCUCCUCGACGGGGGACCUCAACGGCGGUCAUUACGUUGCCGUCAACGGCAGCUCCCUCAAAUCCAACACCAGGCCCGGCGGUCCUGCGAGGACACCUUCGAGCACAUAUGCCCCCCAGAGGCGGCCCCAACCCGCACCGUCCUUCAUCGAGUCGGUCCGCAGCUCUCGCUCACGGCCCCGUCCCAGCGAGCGCUUCCGCCAGCAGGAGAGAGCCUACGUGCAGCGUCUGAGGCAAGACUACGGCGACGGCUACCCCUUUGACGGCUACACCAACGGCAUGAACCAGGGCGAUUCCGACUCGGAAGGCGAGACGCCCUCGUCCGAUGGCCCCUACGAAGAUCGAUAUGAGCAGGAGACCAUCAUGUUCUACGGCAACGACGACCUUCAGCCCACCGACGAGGACGUCAAGGACCCCGCAAACCGUGAGCGACUCGAGUGGUACGGCAUGUUGGAGGCCGUCCUCACCGGCGACGUCGUGCGCCAGGAGAAGAAGCGCCUCAUCGGGUCUGGCGAGCCAGCCGUCGGCGAGUCGGCCCAGAAGAACGAGUUGUGGCUGGGCAUCCGGUCCAAGGUCUGCGGCCGCCACCUGUCCGUCCAGAAAGCGAAUGGUCGAGGAAGCGCGCGGCGCCCUCGGGCCGCACACUCGACGACAUCAUCAACUUCACCGUCAGGGCGAGAGCGAGGUCGGAAAGCCACCGCCACGAGCAGUUCUGCCAAGUCGCCUCUGUUCGAGGAGGCCUACGAGUCCAUUGUCUCGUGGCACAACACAAACGAGCUCAUCGCCAUUGAGCUUGCCAUUCUCAAAAAGUGGGUGGGCAACGAUGAUCUGGACUUUUCCCGGACACGCCAACGCUCUCCCGUUGGCAACGGCAUCCCCGACGAGACCUCCUUCCUCGAUCGGCUCAUGAAGGAAGACGGCCUCAAGUCGCUCUACGACGAGGACCGCAACGACGACAAGCACAAGGUCGUCCAGAAAGGCAUGCUCGCCGGCAUCUCCACCGUCAUCAACAAGUCGAAGGAGACGCUGAUCCGCAACUUUGCCGCCUUCCAGAAACGCCACCUUCCGCCGUACAUCGAGGAGCUCCUGACCCUCAUCAGCUUCCCGUCCCGCCUCAUUGAAGAGAUCAUCAAGAUGCGACUCGCCUACGCCAAGAAGGUGAAGGAGUCGGCGCAACAAAACUCGCUGAUGCAAGACCAGAUGAUCUCGCAGUUCCAAACCCUGCUCCAGCUGGCCAUCCGCAUCAAGCUCGAAUACCUGGCCAUCGCCCAGCCCGAACCCGGCUGGGACCUUCCGCCCAUGAUCGAUGACUCGUUUGACCAGGUCGUCUUGGAUGCCCUGAAAUACUACUUCAAGAUGCUCAACUGGAAGCUGAGCGGCAACAAGAACACGUUCAAGGAGGCCGAGUUGCUGUUCGCAGAGUGGGGCUUCGGCAACGAGAUCGGAAGCCACUUGCAGGGUGGCAAUGUCGAAGUCGCCGAGCAGUUUAGCUCUCUGACCUUCAAAGCCCUCAACCGACUGAGCAUCACCUUUGAGCGAGAGCUGCAGGUCAAGCCGAGGGAAACCGUGGCCGAGAUGAGCAAGCGAUACAAGCAAUGUCUCGACUCUGUGCGGGUGCGUCAGCGUAUGCUGCAACGCUUCUCCAGAAUGUUGAGCGACAACUACGAGAAUGCUUCCGACUUUAGCAUAGCAUACACACCAGACAAGCUGCGCGAGUUUUACGACAGACUCAUCACGUCUGGCCACGUCCAAGUGUUUACCGACCUGUACGAGCAAGAGGGCAUCUUCAUCAUCGCUUCCUCCUCCCUGGCUGAGCGACAUGAGGACAUCCAGUCGAUACUCGGGUUCACGUCGGCUGACCAGUUCCUCGACGAUGGCAGCGACCCGUAUCUGCUGAUUCUCCGACCCGAAGACCCGCCUCACUGGUUCGGUGAUGUCGUGCCCUUGGCUGUCCGGGAGCGGAAUAUUGACCUCAAAAAGGGCCAUGUGCGUCUCGUCGCUGCGGGCACAGAGGCACGGCUCGCCAGUGCGCGCAGAGCGUUCCUCGAGUCUGUCGACAUGCAUGUCGAUCUCGUCGUCGAGUCACGAUCCAAUCUGCACAAAGUCAACACGAGGUUGAUGGAGAUUCGCCGCGUCGCCUACAAGCUGUCCAACAACUUCAUGGACAGUGUCGAGACGAUCCGCAAGCAGACAGUGGGCAAGGACUGCCAGGAGCUCAUCCAGACAUGCUUCAUCUUCGCGACCGAGUUUGGUCAGCGCUCCCUUCUCUACAUGGACAGCAACAGGAAACAGAUGAACAACCUCAAGCUGACCAAGCUCGCGCUGGACUGGGUGUCGUUCAUCUGCGACGACUGCAUCGCGUCCGACCGCAAGACAUUCCGCUGGGCCGUGCUGGCCCUGGAAUUCGCCAUGAGCAUGACCAGGGGCCGCUCCAUUCUCGCGCUGGGCGAAGACGAGUAUGCGAAGCUGCGGUCCAAGGUGGCUGGCUGCAUGUCCCUGCUCAUCUCGCACUUUGACAUCAUGGGGGCGCGGUCCAACCUCGCAGCACAGGCCGAAAAGGAGCGCGUCGAACUUUUGUUUGGCCAGUACAGGCGUCUUGACAAGAACAGCAUGAUGGACGACGACAAGGCUUCGCAGUACAUCACGGAGCAGCGCGUCGAAAAGCUCGAGCACGUGGAUGAGACGAGGCGCACGAGGGAGGCCGAACGCCAGGCGCUGGGACGCGUUCUGGAGGCCAACAAUGAGGUCGAUCGGUCGUUGGCCUACCUCUCUUCUUCGGCGACCAAUGUCACGAUGCGCUGGCAGCAGGGGCACUUUGUGGGCGGAGGUACUUUCGGAAACGUCUACGCGGCCAUGAACCUGGACUCGGGCCACCUCAUGGCUGUCAAGGAGAUCAGGCUGCAAGAUCCGAAGCUUAUCCCGACCGUUGCCGAGCAGAUCAAGGACGAAAUGGGUGUUCUGGAAGUGCUGGACCACCCCAACGUCGUAUCCUACUACGGCAUCGAAGUCCACCGCGAUCGCGUCUACAUCUUCAUGGAGUUCUGCGACGGAGGCUCCCUCGCGCACCUUUUGGAGCACGGCCGCAUCGAGGACGAGCAGGUCAUCAUGGUCUACACGCUGCAACUCCUAGAGGGACUGGCGUAUCUCCACGAAAGCGGCAUUGCUCAUCGCGACAUCAAACCUGAGAACAUACUCCUUGACCACAACGGCAUCAUCAAGUACGUCGAUUUUGGCGCUGCCAAGGUCAUUGCGCGACAGGGCAAAACACUCAUUCAAGCCAUGGACGAGGCGAAGCCCAAUAAGUCCAUGACCGGCACGCCCAUGUACAUGUCUCCCGAGGUCAUCAAGGGUGAAAACCCUGGCCGCGCCGGAGCCGUGGACGUCUGGUCCCUCGGCUGCGUCAUCCUCGAGAUGGCCACCGGCCGACGCCCCUGGGCCAACCUCGACAACGAGUGGGCCAUCAUGUACAACAUUGCGCAGGGCAACCCCCCUCAGCUGCCUGGCACCGACCAGCUCAGCCCGCAAGGCAUUGAUUUCCUCAAGGGCUGCUUCCUGCAGGAUCCGAAGAAGCGCAUGUCGGCUGUCGAGCUGCUCCAGCACGAGUGGAUAAUGACCAUCCGCAACCAGGUCGUCGAGCCGGCGACACCGAGCGACGGAAGCGUAGCGACGCCCGCGUCCAGCGUUUCGAGGGCCAACACGGGUGAUGGCUUCUACUAG